CCGCGUUAUUCCGACUUUUUUCAGUGUCCCGGAGCGGGUCACUCGCAUCUUCUUUCGCUCCAGAAGCGCAGAAGCGCAAGCACCUGCACCAGAUCCAACUUUUCUGUCCACAUUCGCGCGCGUCAAGUUUAUCCGGCUCCAUUACAGCUUAGCUAAAAAAAAGAAGAAGAAGAAGAAGAAGUCAUUCUCGGCCCCGCGGUUAUCGGAGGGUGCGGGUUAUCGCGAGAUGAGCAGUCCCGAUGCGGGCUACGCCAGCGACGAUCCGAGCCAGGCCCGCGGGACCAGCUCAGCCAUGAUGGCCGGCGCGGCUCAGUGCGCGUGGCCGGAGCCGCUCAGCCCGCGAGCGCACGCCAAAGCCAAGAGCGAAGCGUGCGCGGCGGCGCGCGGGAAAGGCGAAGCGCGCAUCCGCCGGCCGAUGAACGCUUUCAUGGUGUGGGCCAAAGACGAGCGCAAGAGACUGGCACAGCAAAACCCCGACCUGCACAACGCCGAGCUCAGCAAAAUGCUCGGUAAGUCAUGGAAAGCCCUGUCCAUGUUGGAUAAGCGACCGUUUGUGGAGGAAGCGGAAAGACUGCGCGUGCAGCACAUGCAGGAUCAUCCGAACUACAAGUACAGGCCUCGUCGUCGCAAACAGGUGAAGAGAAUCAAGCGCCUGGACUCUGGCUUCUUGAUGCCUGGGGCAAGUGAGCCCCAGGGUGCCCUCAGUAUGGAGAACAUUGAGGUGGGCUACUCCCUCCCCCCUGGGGGUUUGCCUCAGGCUGGUCUGUCUCAGUACUGCGAUGCCCAGGGCUUGUUUGAGCACUACAGCCUUCCCACUCCUGACUCCUCCCCGAUGGAUGCGAUGGGGACAGAGAGUGUGUACUUCACUGGCCAUUCUCAGGAGGACAGCUCUCACAUGGCUUACAGCUACCAUCACCAACAAGAGUACGCACCUCUAGGGCACCAGCACCCCCUCGUUAGUACACAGGCUCAAGGCAGAGUACGAAAUGACACACACUCACAUGCCACGACGCACUCACAGGUCCACACACACACCACCUCCAACUUACAUUUAGUACACUCUCACAGCAACACACAAGCCAAUCUAAUGAGCAGCUCACACCCUCAGGAACUCGGUAAUGCAAAUAGCAGCAUACAUCAUAAUAUUAGCCACAAUAUCAAUCCUCACCAUGCGCAUUCAUUAUCUCAGGCCCUUUUUAACAGAAGCCUGUCACCUGGCUCCAAUCAGGCCCCGCCCCCUGCAUACCUGGGGUGCCCAUCUACCCUAGGUGUUUUUUACAACCCUGCCUCUCAGGUGAAACGCCCGCUUGAGCAGCAGUCACCUCCACAAGAAGGGCACACGCAUUCACACACUCCUUCUGAUCAACACUCCCAUACACAUACAGAGACGUGCCGGCAUGCUCCUGAGAUGCUAAAUGAAAUGGGUUGUGGUGAAUUUGAGCAGUACCUGUCAUAUGGGCUUCCUCAUGCAACCAUGCAGGGGUCUGACCUCAUCUCUACUGUACUGUCUGAUGCUAGCACUGCUGUGUACUACUCUAACUAUAACAACACCUGAAGCUCCUGUAUCACAGCAAACACCCCUGAGCCACCAAUAAUGACUUCUGAAUGACUUAUCACACUGGUGCCACAUCUUGCAGAGACAUACACGUUUAUAUUUGUAUAUAUAUUUGUAGAACAUAAUGAAGGGAGUUAUGAAUUUAUAAAUGUUUAGAAUUGUAUGAAUUGUAUAAAUUCACUUAAACUUGCUUAAUUAAACAUUUAAAAAUGUUUUUAAAGGAGACACAGUAAUGCUGAAAAACACUGUACAUAAGUCCUUUUAUAAAAUGAAAUGUCAUUAAUGUAUUAAAAUGUAAUUUCAUACUUUUUUGCACUUUUAGGAAAUAAACAUC